AUGUCAUCAGUGGACUCAGCAACGCAGCGUGAUGCCCAGGAAAAGCUUCAGAAGACCAGGAAGCCCUUAUCUUGUAUUUCCUGCAAAGUCCGAAAGCUCAAAUGUGACCAUGAAAAGCCGAUUUGCACUCGGUGUACCAAAGCCGGCAGCGAGUGCAUAUACCCAGAAUCAAGACGCAAGCCGACCAUCCAGCGAAGCAAUGUCAAGGAACUGGAGGCUAGACUGGCCCAAGUAGAGGGCUAUCUCAAGGAAGCUACCGAAGAUAGUCGAGACGUGAAAAGAGGCAAAUUCGAUGGCAAUCAAGAUGGUGAUGAUUGUACAGAGGAUCGACCGAGAGCCGCGACGUCAACUGAUGAAGAAGACUCCGCCGCCCUGGAUGAGCAGACUAUCCCACCAGGAAACUUUACCCUUCCCAAUCAUUUUGCUGAUCAGGCCAAAUCUGGUGAUAACCUUCCUUUCGAACUACCAGACUUCGAAUAUCUGAAUGGCCAGAAAUUCGGUAAUGACGAGCUGAUAGAUCUCAGCAUGUCAGAAUCACUGCCCCCUCUCGAAGUUAUAGAAGAAUUGCAUGAACAUUUCUUUUCCACGCAAUACCACUACAUGCCGGCUAUACACUCUGGCCGCUAUUAUCAGGCAUUUUACGGUGGUCCUCUGAAGAAGCCGGCCAUGUGCCUGCAGUAUGCUAUCUGGGCAAUGGGUGCACUGUGGCACCCCAAGUACGAUCGAUGCGCCGAUGUAUUCUAUAAGAGAGCUCGAUUUUAUGCUGAGGCUGACGAAAUGAGGGAAUGUGGAGAAUAUUUUGUUACGAUUGCGCAUGCUCAAGCCUGGGCCCUCAUAUCUUGCUAUGAAGCGAGAGCCAUGCUUUAUACCAGAGCGGGAAUGAGCUGCGCUAGGUGCUGCCGUCUUGUGCAUAUGCUGGGCCUUGAUAAAAUCGACGGGUUAGAUGACAGUCCCCCUGCGACCUUGGGCCCUCCACAAGAUUGGAUAGAGCUAGAGGAGCGCAGGAGAGUCUUUUGGGUGGCAUUCUCAUGCGAUUCUCAAUCAAGCAUCGCCACUGGCUGGCCUAGCUAUAUUAGUUCUGAAGACAUCAUGACUCGACUCCCAGCCAGCGAAGAGGCUUUUGCGUCUGGCCAGGAAGAAGAUUGCCCUUUUUUAGAUGAUGUUAUGAAAGGCGCACCUUAUAGCGGCUUUUCUGGCUCCCUUGUUCUUAACAAAAUUUUAAAGGCGAUCAUGGCUCAUGUCCAUUUGAUUAGACCAUCUGACCGACCUGAAGAUGCCACUCACGGAGAGUUUUGGAUGCGUCAUCGUCGUUUAGAUAACCAGCUGUCAACUCUGUUUAUGUUCAUGCCAGAGAGGUUCCGUCUUCCUGAGAAUUUACGGGAUCCUCUAGCAACUUACAUCAACCUGAACUUUCAUGCAUCUGUUAUUUGCUUGCAUCAUGUUGCCCUUGAGGUGAUUGGAAAGCAAGGCCUUGGCGAUCCUUUGAGAAGAGACAGUCGAUACCUAUUGAAAAAUGCCGCCGACGAGAUUGCUAGCAUUGUUAAGAUGGCAUCCCACCAUUCAUCACUAUUUAGCAACCCCUUGUGUGCCUUUUCGCUAUAUAGCGCGACAACGGUGUACGUUUACCUGGCCAAAGAGGAUCCAUCUACAGGAGUAAAUCCUAUCGACAUGUCCAAUCUUGAACUUAUAAUCAAUGCCAUGGAAGCUAUCGGACGAAUUCAUAUGACCACAUGUGCCUUCUUGCAGCAAACUUGUCUUGAUAUCGACAAUAACGGCCUCUCAUCAAUCAUCAAAAUACCAGUCCUCUACCGAUAUCGCAAUUUCUUUGGCGGCCCUGCUUCCAACAUUCCCUUGCUAGCUCGAAGCCCAAUCUCAAAGCACACGCAAAUGAGUUCUCCAUUGCCCGGGCGACUGCCCCUUGGCAAACCCCUAGGCCACUUACGACCAAUGAACAUAAGAAUGACAAAAUCCGUUCCAUUAUUGACGGGUGUGACGGCACAAAUGAGCAGAAUGGGCAUCACAGAGAGCUUCCGGCCUGCUCUUGGUGCUAUAUCUAGAAAUUUGGCACCCCGGUCCACUGAUAGCAUUCACAAAAGGAAGCGAGAAUCCCCGAGCUCUCAGUCCACAACAGGUACGGAUACAGAGAUACUUAUGGCAGCGAUACGUAAUGGAUGUUUUCGCGGCGCACCUACAUCAGGAGAUUUUACAACUCCCCAUCAGACCAAUUCACCACACUUUUAUUUCUCACCCGUUGGCCAAGGAGCGGGCAGCGAUCCGGGAUCCAGUAGUAGCAGCGCAUGGCCGGGCAACGCAGGAAGUGACCCAGAGCAUAAUUUAAGUGAUUUCCAACAAGAUCAGAGCGGCCAACCAUUCGCUGUCUGGCAGCUAGAUGAUGAUAUGAUGAAUUUUACCGAAGGCUUCUCUACUGAUAUUCCGGAUAUAAACGGCAACUCACAGGGUUUUUUCUAA